AUGGCGCCGACUCCAGUACACUUCUUCUCACAUGGCUCAACAAUGAUGCUAGGCGAGGAGUCCUCGUCAGCUCAAUAUUGGAAGAAAUGCGGUGAUGAGGCUCUCGAGCACGGAAUCAAGGGCAUCGUUAUUAUGGUACGCAUCAAUAUGUUAAUAAAAUCUGACCCGAUCGCCCUCAAUGCUAACUAUCGGCUGAACGUAGGGUGCUCAUUGGGAUUGCUUCGGAGACCAAAUUCAGGUCUCCACAUGCCCAACCCCGGGAAAAGCCCAGUUGCCUACGUCCAUCCCUCUAAGUAUGUGGAUUACAAGCUAAACAAUGAUCUCGGGACGGCCGACCGAUGCAUCAAGCUGCUGGCAGACGCCGGGUUCAACGUGAGCGGCAACGACACGUUUGAGUGGAUUCACGACGUUUAUCUUAUUCUCAUACGCAUGUUUCCCAAAGGAUGUCCACCCACCACAGUUAUUUCAUUAAACGCGCGCUACGAUCCCCAUUAUCAUAUGAAAGUCGGCUCGACUGUCCGUGAGCUGCGCAACGAGGGAUAUCUUAUCAUAGGUACUGGUGGCGCAGUCCACAACUUGUAUAGGAAUCGGUGGGCUCCUAUGCUUCGAUUCCGAGACAGCUUUGCGCAGGAAUCUGCCCCGGAGCACUGGGCGCUGGAAUUCAGACAGGCGGUGGAGGAUGUCAUCACCACUACCUCAGGGCCACAGCUCAGACGGGCGAUGACGAGACUCAUGAAGCACCCUCAGUACCGGGAUGCACAUGCGACGGACGAUCAUUUCAUGUCGGCUAUGUUUGUUGCAGGUGCAGCUGGAGAAUUUGAGGAUGAAGGCUCAUUAGGAGUUCUGGGAGCUGAGACUUGGGAGUUGACAAAUAUGUGUAAUUCUCAGUUUACUAUUGGAAGUUGGUAG